UUUUAAUAUGUAGAUAUCCCAGAUAGUAAAUAUCCCGUAAUCUUUUCACACCUCUACUCGCCACUCGGAUAAUAGUUAUUAUUAUCUUGUUAUUACAAGCGAACGUACAUAAUAAUAUAUAACAUUACAGUAAAUUUGUUGCGCGCCAAGCCUGUGUAUCUUCAGCAGCUGUCGAACGAUUGUUUACAGUCGACGUUACCGUAUUAACAUUAUCAGACGUGCACGUGUUACGCCGCGUAACUCCGAACGGGUAAAAACAAAAAUAAGAUUUAUUUCAAAUAAUAAUAUCAAUAAUUGCGCCGAAACUCGAUUACAGUUGAUAAUAAUUAUUGUAUUGCGAGUAAGAAACCGACGAAUUGUAAAACGGCAGUCUAGUGUUGUAGCCUUGCGAGUCCGUGGCCACGUUUAUCUAAGUAAUAUUCUAAUAAAUCGCAUCAAAACUAUACCGUACAUUAUACACCGUCGCCUUUUUUUUUAUUUAACAAUACAUCAUUAUUAUUAUUAUUAUUAGUUAAUCCGUUCGCUUACCGUAUCGAUAUCGUGACGGAUAUAGACACACGCGAUCACUUAAAUUUAAACUUUAACAAGUUUAAUUGAUGGCAUUUAACAGUCCGAGAAAGUACAAACACAAAAUUAUUUCAGCCGAAUUCCACGAUGAUUUGGAUUACUUGAUUUCGAGAAAUUCAAUUGCGCCUAAGGAGUAUCUAUUCAAGAUUCUUGUGAUCGGCGAGUUAGGGACAGGCAAAACGUCGAUAAUCAAGCGAUAUGUCCACCAGUUCUUCUCACAACACUACCGAGCGACCAUCGGGGUGGAUUUUGCGUUGAAAGUACUAAACUGGGACUCGAACACAAUUGUCAGAUUACAGUUAUGGGACAUAGCCGGCCAAGAGAGGUUUGGUAACAUGACCAGAGUGUACUAUAAGGACGCUUUAGGAGCUUUUGUUGUAUUCGACGUUACGAGACCUGGUACGUUUGACGCAGUAGUCAAAUGGAAACAAGACUUAGAUGCUAAAGUGUCUUUGGAAGACGGCACGCCUAUACCUUGUGUUCUGCUCGCCAACAAAUGUGAUCAAGCAAAAGAAGGUAUGGUAAACAGCGUUUCCAAGAUGGAUGAAUUCUGCAAGGAAAACAUGUUCUCCGCUUGGUAUGAAACGUCAGCAAAAGAUAACAUACACAUAGAUGAUGCAGCCAAAACACUUGUGUCUCAGAUUUUAAAGAAUACAGCUCAAUAUAAACCAUUAACGAAAACAAAUGGCGAAAUCAGACUAAACCCCGCUGCGUCACAGGGCGAGAAGAAAUCGAAUUGUGCUUGUUGAAUCUAUUACAGUUACACGAUUUGCACGAUAUUUUUAUGUACCCACCCCAAUUGUGUUUUUGAAUUUUCCCUCUUAAGUUCAAGUUUACAAGACUUAACUAUCUAAUUAAACACAAAAUUACAUUCGCUAAACAACUAGUAUUUCCAUAAAAAAAACGUUUUUUUUUUGUUGUUGUUGCUAUUAUACAUGUAAUGUAUAUAAUGUGAUACAACUACUAACCGAGAACAAAAUGAUAUUAUUAAGAAUAUAUUGAUCGACAAAAGAUAAUUAAAUGUGUAAAAUGCACACAGUUCAUUAAAAGCUGUUCUUUACUUAUCGUUUUGAUUCAUUUAUUACGGUGCGAGUAUAAUGAAAUAAUUUAACGAGAUUAAUUAAAAUCUAUACAUACUUACACUGUGUUCACAGCGAUAGCCAGCCUUAUCUCAAUUUAAUAAGUGCCUUAUUUUUAAUAUAUUUAUAUAUAUAUAUAUGCAUAUAUAUAUAUUUGUGUAGCUACACUAAAAAUUAAAAUUAUAAUGAUUUUUUAUACUAUAUAUCUAAUAUUAAAUAUGUGUAUAAAUAUAAUACAUAUUGUUUGUGCCUACUUAAUUGUUUAAACAUUACCUAUACUUAUUAGAUACAAAUUCUAUAAUAUAU